AUGCCUCAUAUAGAGGGACUUGCAGAGAAACUGGUAAGAGAGCAGCAUGUCUUUUUCUCUUCUUUUUAUACAGAGUUAGCUUUGGAAUCAAACCCUUCUGACCAUCCAAGGGCAAGCACAAUUUUCUUGAAUAAAUCUCAAACGGAUGUGCGAGAAAAGAAGAAGAACAACUAUGUAAACCAUGUAUCUCCAGGGCACCUUACUAAAAAAUAUAGCUCAUGCUCAACUAUAUUUCUAGAUGACAGCACAGUCAGCCAGCCUAAUCUUAGAACCACAGUACAAUGUGUGACGUUAGCAAUAUAUUACCACAUAAAGAACAGAGAUGCAAAUAGAUCCUUGGAUAUUUUCGAUGAGAGAUCACAUCCACUCACACGAGAAACAGUUCCGGAGGAAUAUUUUAGGCAUGAUCCUGAACACAAAUUUAUUUACAGAUUUGUUCGGACCCUCUUCAGUGCUGCACAGCUAACAGCUGAAUGUGCGAUAGUGACUUUGGUUUACUUAGAAAGACUUUUAACUUAUGCCGAGAUCGACAUUUGUCCCACAAACUGGAAGAGAAUUGUUUUGGGAGCUGUUCUUCUUGCCUCCAAGGUUUGGGAUGACCAGGCUGUAUGGAAUGUGGACUACUGCCAGAUCCUCAAGGACAUUACCGUUGAGGACAUGAAUGAGAUGGAAAGGCAUUUUUUAGAGCUACUUCAGUUUAAUAUUAAUGUUCCUGCCAGUGUUUAUGCCAAAUACUACUUUGACCUUCGCUCCUUAGCUGAUGACAACGACCUGCCUUUUGUAUUUGCUCCUCUUAGCAGAGAAAGAGCCCAGAAUCUAGAGGCUAUUUCCAGAUUGUGCGAAGACAAAGACCUGUGCAGAGCUGCUCUGAGAAGGUCUCUUAGUGCUGAUAAUUUUAUUGGUGUUCAGCGCUCUAAAGCCAUCCUCUCUUAAGGGAGAAGUGAGGGGUGGUAAUAUCGUGAGCCCCUCCCUCAUCUACAAGGACUGGAGAAAUAGCACCUCUCCUGCUCAAAAACCAGCGAAGUUAGUAUUUUCACCUAAGACAGACGUCAAGUUGAAGAGACUCGUGGGCAGCAAGGACUAUGCUCAUAGAAAGAAUGGGACCUUGUCAGUGCAACACACUCUGUCCUUUAGUUACAAAAAACACUCAAAAGCUAAAGCUCCCAACCCACACAGAUAUUUGCUUACAAUGUAGGCUGAUAGCUGUGAACUCUAUGUGAAGUUUUUUUUUUUAAUUCAUGUUUAAAUUUUGAGGCUUGAAAGGCACUAACUAUAUAAUUUAUAUGUCUUUCCUACUUUUCUGAAUCGCCCCCUCCAAAAAAGGAAUAAACCUUCCCAAUAUUGCUACAUAUUCCUUUACAAUCAGUGCAGUAUUACCAUUAAAACAUGGGACGCCUAACAACUCACAAAGCCACUUAGGAACAGACUGUAGCAUUGUUAGGUAUUAAAGGAUUCUUCAUAUUACAUGGUGGAAAUUGCUAGUCAUUAUUGGCAAACAGUUUAAAUCAAAAAGCUGCUGAAUAACACUUCUCAUUCAAAUUCUUUGCAAGUAGUACUUAUUAACACAGUAGCAUGUUUGGGAUAAGAGAAAGUGUCAGUAUUGAUUAUCUAUUUAGACUGGGUCCAUGCUGCAUAUCUUAAGAACUAUAAUGGGAUUUUAAAACAACUAUAAUGAUUCUUCUCAUUUUCUGAUGAUUUUCUUUGUUAAAUAAAUGUAUCAAAAGAUAUUUUCAUAAUUCCAACCAACAUGGUGGUCCAGUGAUAAUAAGCAGAUAAUGAAAUAGGUGUUCCCCAAGUGCAAUUCUAAGCUUAGAUAAUAGUGUGCUUGGGCCCUCCAGGGCACUCCUAUGGAAGUAUAAAUGCUACAGACUUUAAUUUGAAAGUUUAAAUUUCUCAUUUAGUUUUUUGGUUUUUUUCACCAAUAAGUUUAUUUUCAUUUUUAUAUAAAAAAAAUAUAGGAAGCAGGAAGACAAGAAUUGUUAGGGCUAUUCCAUAAAAUCAGCAGAGGUGUAUAUUUGUUCUGUACUUCUGCUCUACCCUCCUUAAUACCCAUUCUCAAAAUUCCCAUAAAACUGCCAGAGCUGCAGAUUAAAUGUCCACAUUGUAGACAGAGGGGAAAAAAUAGAGACAAAAAGAUUUCUACAAUAUCCUGCUUAUUUAGUUUAGCGAAUUAUGAAAUGACAAAAGAUUGGCUGAAACCAAAAAGUUUAUUUAAAUUUUAAUUUUUUGGUUCAGCCUAUCUUUGCCAUCUUUUAGAGGGGAUUGAAACAAAAAAUUAAAAGCUUAAUAUUUAAAAUACACAAAACUAAGUUUAAGAGACAUUUAAACUUUCAAAUGUGUUGUAAGGCUGUAGCAUUUAUACUACAAGUACCACCGCUUAAAACUGCACUAACACUGUAGGAGAUAACUUGUGUCUUCAUAGGAAUGCCCUCCUCUUUAAAAGAAAUCUUUGCAGAUCUGUGCUAUAUACAUGCUUUGAUCACCAAAAUUGUUUUGUUUCCCUAAAUUCUGGUAAAGGAAGAUUAUGAGGAGCAGUGUUAUUCAGAUGUAAUAAAUUGAAUUGGACCCUAA